AUGUGUGUCUUGAAGGCUGUCGAGAACGUCAACAAGCACCUCGGACCCGAGUUGAUCAACGCCAACAUCGACGUUGUCGACCAGGUCGCUGUUGACGAGUUCCUCAUCCAGCUCGACGGAACUCUCAACAAGUCCAAGUACGGUGCCAACGCCAUCCUCGGUGUCUCAAUGGCUGUCUUGAAGGCCGGUGCUGCCGCCAAGGGUGUCCCCCUCUACCGCCACAUUGCCGACCUUGCCGGCCACGGCGGCAAGAAGAUUGUCAUGCCCGUCCCUGCCUUCAACGUCAUUAACGGAGGCUCCCACGCCGGUAACAAGCUCGCCAUGCAGGAGUUCAUGAUCUUGCCCACUGGUGCCAAGGACUUUGCCGAGGCCAUGAAGAUCGGAUCCGAGGUCUACCACACGUUGAAGUCCGUUAUCAAGAAGAAGUACGGUCAGGAUGCCACCAACGUUGGAGACGAGGGUGGAUUCGCCCCCAACAUUCAGGACAACGCCGAAGGUCUCGAUCUCCUCGUCGAUGCCAUCGAGAAGGCCGGUUACACCGGCAGGGUCAAGAUCGGUAUGGAUGUUGCUGCCUCGGAGUUUUUGACCAAGGACAACAAGUACGAUCUCGACUUCAAGUCGGCCAAUUCUGAUGCCUCCAAGCACUUGGCCGGUGAGGAGCUCGCUCAGCUCUACCAGGAGUUCACUGCCAAGUACCCCAUCGUCUCGAUCGAGGAUCCUUUUGACCAGGAUGACUGGUCUGCCUGGUCCCACUUGACCGGUGCCACCGACAUCCAGAUCGUCGGUGAUGACUUGACCGUCACCAACCCCGUCCGCAUUGCCACCGCCAUCGAGAAGAAGGCCUGCAACGCCCUUUUGCUCAAGGUCAACCAGAUCGGUACCAUCACCGAGUCUAUCAGGGCUGCCGUCCUCUCCCAGCAGUCCGGUUGGGGCGUCAUGGUCUCCCACCGUUCCGGCGAGACUGAGGAUUUCACCAUUGCCGACAUUGUUGUCGGACUCCGCACCGGUCAGAUCAAGACCGGAGCCCCUUGCCGCUCUGAGCGUUUGGCCAAGUACAACCAGCUCCUCCGUAUCGAGGAGGAGCUCGCCGGCGACUCUGUCUAUGCCGGUGAGAACUUCCGUUCCGCUCACCUCUUGUAA